AUGCCCGCAGACUUCGAGUCGGCUAAGUUCCCGCCCGUUGGUUGGAGAUGGUUCGGCAGCCCGUUCGCCAUGAGUUCGACCGGCGGAGUUACCGGGGUUGAGUACCUGCAGCAGGCGAAUGAUGCCCUGCUCACCAUCGUUCAGAUCGAGACCAAGGAGGCGCUUGAGAAUGUUGAGGAGAUCGCCAAGGUUCCCGGUAUCGAUGUCCUCUUCAUCGGACCUUGGGAUCUAGGCAAUAACAUCGGCCGUCCGGUCUUGGGCACAUUCCACAACGACCUGAGCGCCGCUAUUGAGCGCAUCCGUAAGGCGGCCGUCGACAAUGGCAAGCGAGCGGGUAUUUACUGCGUUGGCGGAGAGGCCGCGAAGAAUCUCUCCGACUGGAUCUCGGUCGUUGCCGAUGCCGUCGCCCUCCCGACCUUCCUCUCCAAUGCGUUGGAGACCGCCAAGGGCACCAAGACGGAUGCCGCGGUUCCCACGUACUAG